AUGGAUACAACAGAAUCACCGCUCCUAGAAACUUUCAUCACCACACCCAAGCACAGCCUGGAAGCUGAUCGGCCAAUCUCACCCUCGUCAAACUCACUGGAGCCAAUCGUCUUCUUUCCUAAAGCACGAUGGCCAGAUCCGAACCGGAACGCUGUGGCACGAAUGAACCCGAUCACUAUUGCUCACCGCGGCGCCAAAGCCAAGUUCCCAGAGAAUACUAUGAGCGCGUUUAUCCACGCCAUCGAUGUUGGUGCACAAGUCAUUGAGACUGACCUGCACCUUUCCAGGGACGGGGAAAUUGUUCUAUCUCAUGAUGCAACCCUCCAACGCUGCUUCGGUGUGAAAAAACGGAUCAUCGAUUGUGAUUGGCAAUAUCUCAGCACUCUACGGACGACAGUAGAACCUGUUGAAUUCAUGCCCCGCUUGGUUGAUUUGCUGCGGUACGUUUCUGCUGCGCCUGAGCGGAAAGACGUUUGGAUUCUAUUAGAUAUCAAGCGUGACAACCAUCCCGAAACCAUCAUGGACACUCUUGCAGACUUACUCCGCUCCACCCCCUCAGAACACAAGCCGUGGAACGAGAGGAUAAUCCUCGGCUGUUGGACAACUAAAUACCUUUCCCUCGCCCACCGCCUUUUCCCGGCCUACCCAGUCUCCCUAAUCUCCUUCUCCCUCGCCUUCGCCCGCCAAUUCCUGAAGGUCCCCCACAUAAUCUUCAACAUGAAUAUGCACGCGCUCAUGGGCCCUGGGGGUGCGCAAUUCCUCGCCGACGCCAGGGAGGCGGGGCAGCAGGUCUUCGCGUGGACUGUGAAUAGGAAGGAGUUUAUGCGGUUGUGCAUUCGGCGCGGGCUCGAUGGGGUUGUCACUGAUGAGGUGGAGUUGUGUCGGCGGACUUGCGGCGGGCGGAAGGAUGGGCCGUGUCGUUUGCCUGAGAAUGGGGGAGAUGAUGAUCGCGAUGACGGGCUAACCGUGCUGCAACGCGCUGGUGUGCUGGUUAGGGCUGUGCUCUUAUACACGAUGUACCAAAAUAAAUACGCCAGGUAUACUUGCUCUUCCAUUUCCGAAGCUAGAAAGAUUUAA